AUGUCAUUCUCAAGCCGAAAAUUCUCCGUCAGCAAGGGGCCAAGCGCCAAUGAGCUGAACUCGAAGAUACAUCGACUUUUCCGCGAUGCUCACGAGGGACACCGCCCGCACGCCGGCCUUGACCCAAGUCGAGCUUCAACAGGCGUAGUCUGGUGUACCGAACGCGCGAACGAACAUGGAUUGUCUGAUGAUCCUUGUGCAUGGGCAAAUCUGGGCCAAGGCGCUCCAGAAGUAGAUGAUGACAUCGCAGGCAGUUUCGAGCGACCCAAGACCCUGGACAUCUCGGUGAACUCUCGAGAAUACGGACCUACUGCCGGUAUCAAGCCCCUCAGAGUUGCCAUUGCAAAUCUGUACAACGUACACCAUCGACAGGGCAAGGAGAGCAAAUAUACGUGGGAAAAUGUUGCUGUUGUGCCAGGAGGCAGGGCAGGCUUGAUCAGAAUCGCAGCAGUGCUGAACAAUGCCUAUCUUGGUUUCUUCAUCCCUGAUUAUACGGCCUACAAUUUUGCAGCAAUUCCUUCUCCAUUAUCGGAGCAAGAUAACUACCACAUUCACGCCAGCAAGAUCGAAGACGAAAUAGCCAGAGGCACAUCUGUGAUCUUGACGUCGAAUCCUCGCAAUCCAACGGGACAGGUAGUCAGAAACCCUCAGCUAGCUGAGAUACAGGAUAUCUGUAGAGACCGAGCAACGCUGAUUAUGGAUGAAUUCUAUGGUGGUUACAAUUAUACCAGCAACUGCGAUGGGUCUGUCGUCUCUGCUGCGGACAACAUCAUUGACGUAGAUCAGGAUGAUGUCUUGAUCAUUGACGGCUUGACCAAGCGUUUCCGCUUGCCUGGCUGGCGUGUAGCUUGGAUUCUUGGGCCCAAAGAAUUCAUUAAAGCCAUCGGCAGCUGUGGAUCCUACCUCGACGGGGGGACAAAUGUGCCGUUUCAGGAAGCAGCGGUUCCAAUGUUGGAACCUACGAAAGUGCUCAAUGAAAUGAAAGCCCUCCAGCACCACUUCCGGAACAAGCGUAAUUAUGUCAUCGGACGUUUGCUAGACAUGGGCUUUAAGAUGGGUCAUGUCCCUGACUCAACGUUCUACAUCUGGCUAGAUUUGAGCUGCCUUCCGGAGGAGAUCAAUGAUGGCUUGAAUUUCUUCCAACAGUGCCUACUGGAGAAGGUCAUCGUCGUGCCUGGGAUCUUCUUUGACCUAAAUCCGGCGAAACGUAGAGAUUUAUUCGAUAGCCCAUGUCAUCAUUUUGUACGCUUGAGCUAUGGACCAAAGAUGGAGACACUCAAGGCUGGUCUAGAUGGUAUAGAGAGAGUGAUCAAUAAGAUCACGUCAAAGCAAGAGAAGAGCGAGACCGCGCGUGAAGAAGCUGUCAAGGACUGA